ACUACAGCAGGUCUCAUCAUUUAACUGCUCCAGCCAUGAGCAAGAAGAGCUGCCUUGAGGGUCAGAAAUAUGACAUCCUGCUUCGCAUGUGUUUAAACCGGACAGAAUCAAGCCGUAAGGUUCAUCCAAAAGCAGAUCCAGUCCCAACGAUUCAGAACCAGCUUAUACAAAAGACCAUGACUAGGUCUCAUCAUUUAACUGCUCCAGCCAUGAGCAAGAAGAGCUGCCUUGAGGGUCAGAAAUAUGACAACCUGCUUCGCAAGUGUUUAAACUGGACAGAAUCAAGCCGUAAGGUUCAUCCAAAAGCAGAUCCAGUCCCAACGAUUCAGAACCAGCUUAUACAAAAGACCAUGACUAGGUCUCAUCAUUUAACUGCUCCAGCCAUGAGCAAGAAGAGCUGCCCUGAGGGUCAGAAAUAUGACAACCUGCUUGGCAAGUGUUUAAACCGGACAGAAUCAAGCCGUGAGGUUCAUCCAAAAGCAGAGCCAGUCCCAACGAUUCAGAGUUCAGCUCUGUGGGGUUUCCUGAUCCUGGCCAUCAUGGGGUCUGUCUUGUCUCUGGUUCUUUGGUGUGUGAUAUUCAGACGGCAGACAAGAGACAGCAGCAACUCCGAGGAGGCACCAGAGCUGAAGCCUGUUCAGAAAACAGACGCCGCUGUUCAUUUCUACCCACCACCCUCAGAAAGAAACGGCCAGGCUGAGACGUUUCAGAGAGCAGCAGACCUCCCUUCGGCCUGUCAUCAGUUGCACCUUGGGGCCCAAAUGGGCUCAGAGUGGGAGGACCACUUUGCUGGUUGCAGGGGCCCUGCAAGGUACGGCAGUAAAGAGGGAGGCGGAGGUCUCCCAGCAUGCAGUACUGUGGCGGACCACAGAAUCCCACUUCCUGCCACAGAGUUGGGUGGCACUGUGUUAGUUACAACUAAAACUGUGUAGGACUAUGUGUGUCUUUUUGACUUUCUUUAUUGUUAAAAGACCCAAAAAACUUGGAGUUCGUACUUGCCGGGUCCAAAAGAUUUAUUGGUGUCAUGUUUAAAGGGAUUUUUGAGUGUCAUAACCUAGUUUUAUGAUGUUUAUGAUGUACAGUAAACCUUUCAGUUUUGGUCAGAGUACCUAGUUUAAGGUUUGGAUUAAGGGGUUUAGUGAUGUUCUCUUAAGUGAUUGUAUUGUUCCUCAAUGGAAGCUUUGAACACUCUUGAGUUUUUCUCUUAUCUACCAUGUUUUUAUGGUUUUCAAGUGCUGAUAAAAUUGUCUUUCAUGUCUUUGCAUUGCUUUAAUACGACAUAUUGAAGGCUGUAUGUGUUGUGUUUGUAUUUUUUUACAAAGUAUUGUUAAAAAACAAAACAGAAAAUGCCAAAUUUCCAACAUUUAAUAAAACACAAAACAAAAAUAAGACAAAUCAAGAAAAUGGCUUAAAAAUAGCACUGGAUUUACUCACUAGCCAAUUUAUUAUACACAUAGACUAAACUGAAACAGUAAUAAAACAGUCUUCCUACAAGUGGACUGCAAAAUGUUUGCAUAGACCGUUGUGCAUGCUCUAUGUCAUUGCAUGCACAGUGGUUUGUGCUAAUGCUCUUGAGCUGAGUCUGUCAAGCGUUGUGUCUGAUAGACCAGCUGGAUAGCUCACUGCUGGGCAUUAGUUUUGUACAGACUGCAAAAAGGAUGCUAUAUUUUUCCUCUUUUUGCUCAAGCAUCCUGCAGCUGAUCAGUAGCAGGAUGUUAUGAAGCAGCAACCGUGCAUGCAAUGGCACCGAGUAACACAGACUUUCUACAGUUGACAAAUAUAUGUGUCCUUGAGCUGCUGUGAAAUUUCUGAGGUUUGAGUUGUUUAACAAGACCAAAAUCUGUGCUUCAGUGCCCCCCCAUCCCCCCCAUGUAGCUGUUAGAUCUGAUUUAUAACAGGUGUUUGUUAUAUUUUUUCCCCAAUCAGAAAUGACAUAUUCCAGUU